AUGUUUACAGAAACUCUCGAAAAAUCCAACUUUUUCACUAAAUUAGCCAAAUCAUUAACAAAUCUCGAUCCAAUCUUGAUUUCUAAGUUUUCAAUCCUUAAUUUAACGCAAUACUUAUGGAAUACAAAGUUCACUGAAGUACAAUUUGCUGAAUCUGCCCUUAAUUUGCAGCCAUCUGCAGUUUCUCCCUUUAUUUCCUCAUUAAUUGAGGACAAACCGAAAGAAUUUGCCACAGCAGUUCUUUCUGUCCUCUAUCCAAACGUCGAUCGCGUUAAAAAACUCAUCAGAAACCACUUUUUAACUCAAAAAGUUUUAUCUCAGCACGCACAAGACACUUUGAUCGCAUUUUUAAUUGGCCAAGGUGAAGUGAUCUCUACUAUUGAACUUUGUGGCGAGAUAUGGAGUCGCCAUGUGCUAAUUACUCAAAUGUCGACAGGAUUACACUCCCAGCUCUCCCAUAUCAUAUUAGCGAUGCUUGAUAAAGUCACUAAAGAGGAAAUACAGAACUGCAAAGCCACUUCUUUGAUUAUGAGUGGAGUUACAGCUCAUAUCGGAAUAUCUUCACCAGAAAUCCGAAAAGAAGGACUUAUGAUUGGCGAAAAAAUCACACAUAUCUUAUUACCAGACCAACCAGUCAAAUUCGACGAACUUCACCCAGAAGAUGAUCAAAAAGAGAAAGAAGAGAAAGAAAAGACAGAAAAACUACUGUCAAAACCUCCAGAGUCCGACCAACCAUCGUCAGAUGAUGAAGAUAAAGAGUUAGACAUCGAUGGAGAGUGGAAAGAAGGAAUUGACUUCGCGGCAAAGGGUAAUAGUGACGACGAUUCAGAUGAAGACCCAUUAGUUCCGUAUAAAAUCGAUGAUGAUGUCGGUAGCGAUAAUUUACCAGUAUUACAUCCAAGAGAGCUCAUUAAGCUCUUCAGAACAGACGAGAAUGAUAGCGAGAGAUACAGAAAGUACAAUUCUGCUAUCGUAGCUGCAGCAGAUGUUUGUAAGAGAAUUACUGCCUUAGAAUUACAACAAAUGGGCGGCGAGUUACUUCAAACAUUGAUCAACGCUGACAAUGAAUACAAUAACGAUGACUUUGAAGACUUGAGAAGGAACGCAUUGGUUGCUUUGAUGUCAAGUUUCCCUUUAGAAGUAUCUAAGCUCGUAAUCGCUGAGCUUAGGAAGACCAGGGAUUAUUCACUUGGCAGAAGGCUUGUAGUAAUGACGAGUAUUGCUUAUGCAGCGAGUGAAUUAACUGAAUUGCCAAAACCAGAGCGAGAAGACAUAAUCGAAGGCCAUAUCCAAAGGUGGGGUGACCCCAAGAACGCAAGGAGAUGGGGCUCAACACUCCACAAAGUGAAGAUGGUCAAAGCCGUCAAUCGUUUCUCCCCAUGCGCAACAGUUUAUUUCUAUGGUUUACUCAGCGGCUGCGAUUUACAGAAGAUAUUGAGAGAAGAGGAUGGUCUGGAAGCAACACAGCUACUUACGACACUCGCAGUGAUCAUAGAAGCUGCAGGAGAGUCAGUCAUGGAGUUGGACAGAAUGGCCACUGAUUUGAUGGAUGUUUGCUUGGUUUUGACACCAAUUAGACCUCCAAACGCAAGGAAGGCACUCAUGUUUGCAAUUGCAUGCGCUGUUAGAGUGUUGAAUGACUACAGAGGUAAUGAUAUAAUGGGAGAGUUCCUUGUCAACGCUGCUGAAAAUGAUCCUGAUGAAAAUGUAAGAGAUUUGGCAAUCGGUGUCUGCUCAAUAUUGGCUCAGAGACACGAUGAUUAUCUGAAUAACUUGUUCAAGAAUGUAUAG